CGCCGCGCGCCGCGCGCCCCGCCCCGGAUAUCCGGCCUGAUCCCAGCCCGGCCUCGGGGCUAUGGCGCUUUGCGAGGGGCUGGGCGGCGGGAGCUCUCUGCUCUGGCCUCGGGUGCUGCUCUUCGGGGAUUCCAUCACCCAGUUUUCUUUCCAGCAGGGUGGAUGGGGCGCGUCCCUGGCUGACAAGCUGGUCAGGAAAUGUGACGUUCUGAACCGCGGAUUUUCGGGCUAUAACACUAGAUGGGCCAAAAUCAUCCUCCCAAGACUCGUCAGGAAAGGGGGCGUCCUGGACAGCCCGGUGGCGGUCACGGUUUUCUUCGGUGCCAAUGACAGCGCGCUGAAAGACGAGAACCCCAAGCAGCACAUCCCCCUGGACGAGUACGCGGCGAACCUGCGGAGCAUGGUGCAGUACCUGCGGUCCGUGGACGUGCCCGCCAGCAGGGUCAUCCUCAUCACGCCGCCCCCGCUCUGCGAGGCCGCGUGGGAAAAGGAGUGCCUCGCGCAAGGCUGCAAGUUAAACCGCCUGAACGUGGUGGCUGGCGAGUACGCCAGCGCCUGCCUGCACGUGGCCCGGGACUGCGGGACGGACGCGCUGGACCUGUGGACGCUGAUGCAGAAGGACGGCCAGGACUUUUCAUCCUACCUGUCGGACGGACUGCAUCUCUCCCCGAAGGGAAACGAGUUCCUGUUCUCGCACCUCUGGCCCCUGGUCGAGAAGAAAGUCUCCUCCCUGCCGCUGCUGCUCCCGUACUGGCGGGACGUCGCCGAGGCCAAGCCCGAGCUCAGUCUCCUCGGCGACGGGGACCACUAGGCCGCGACGCCCCCACGCGCCAGAACCCCAGGAUGACUGACCGACCACAUACUUUCUUCUCAAGCCUAAGCCUCUGCUCACGACCCUGGAACCAAACCGCCGCCGUGGGGAACCACGGUUAAUAAAAGCACUGUCCCGAGCGGGGGGUGACGAUGGUGCUCAGUCUGCUGGUCGCCGCAGCCUGCUGGUCGCCGCGGCCACACACACGCCCUGAGCCGCCUGCUGCUGCCACGAAAGGAGAAAAGGUACAGACGCUUCCGCUUUCUAAAAAGUUAAUUUUAUAAAAAAUGAUUUCCUUACAUUCAGCUGGGAACUGCUUCACUCUCAGACAUACACCGCACACCUUACAUCAGAUUCCAAAAAUGUAACUGAAGUACAAGAAUACCAUCGUAACUAGUUAAAAGACAGCAAAUACCACAAGGUACAAGUUCAAGUAUUAGUGUAACAGGAAUCUGCGUAACAAACAUCCUUA